AUGAGUGACAAUAUUGUUCAACUGCCAGUGGCGUUCGAAAAGAAUACUAUUAUCGUAGUAUUUGGUGCUUCUGGGGAUUUAGCUAAGAAAAAGACUUUCCCUGCUUUAUUUGGUCUUUAUCGUGAAGGUUAUUUAGACCCUUCAACUAAGAUUAUCGGUUAUGCGAGAUCUGAUUUAUCCCUAGAUGAUUUACAUUCUCGUAUUACUCCUCAUUUAGGGAAACCAAACGGUUCAGCUGAUGAUGCUAAAAUUGAACAAUUUUUUAAGAUGGUUACUUAUGUUCAUGGUCCAUAUGAUACUACUGAUGGUGUAACUAAAUUGAAAUUACACAUUGAAGAAUUGGAGACAAAGAUGAACGUUCAAAAGAGUCAUCGUUUAUUCUAUUUAGCUUUACCACCAAGUGUUUUCUUAACCGUGGCCACUAACAUUAAAAAAGUACUAUAUGAUCCAAAUGGUAUCACUCGUAUUGUUGUUGAAAAGCCUUUUGGUCAUGAUUUAACUAGUGCUCGUGCUUUACAAAACAAUUUAGCUCCUUUAUUCCGUGAAGAAGAAUUAUUUAGAAUUGAUCAUUAUCUUGGUAAAGAAUUAGUGAAAAAUCUAUUAGUAUUGAGAUUUGGUAAUCAAUUUUUAAAUGCUUCAUGGAAUAAAGAUAAUUUACAGUCUAUUCAAAUUUCAUUUAAAGAACCAUUUGGUACUGAAGGACGUGGUGGUUAUUUUGAUUCAAUCGGGAUUAUUAGAGAUGUUAUGCAAAAUCAUUUAUUACAAAUUUUAACUUUAUUAACAAUGGAAAGACCUGCUUCAUUCGAUCCAGAAUCUAUUCGUGAUGAAAAAGUUAAAGUAUUAAAAUCAAUGGCUCCAAUUGAUCAUAAUGAUAUCUUAGUUGGACAAUAUACUAAAUCGAAGGAUGGUUCAAAACCAGCUUAUUUAGAUGAUGAAACUGUCACUCCAAAUUCAAAAUGUAUGACUUUCGCAGCUUUAAGCUUCAAGAUUCAAAAUGAGAGAUGGGAAGGUGUACCAAUUAUGAUGCGUGCUGGUAAAGCUCUUAAUGAAGGGAAAGUUGAAAUCAGAUUACAAUAUAAAGCUGUUGCAUCUGGUGUCUUCAAUAAUAUCCCAAAUAAUGAAUUGGUCAUUAGAGUUCAACCAAAUCCAGCUGUCUAUAUGAAAUUUAAUGCAAAGACUCCAGGUUUAUCUAAUGCUACUCAGGUAACUGAUUUGGAUUUAACUUAUUCUAGUAGAUAUAAGGAUUUCUGGAUUCCAGAAGCUUAUGAAGUCCUAAUUAGAGACGUACUAAUGGGUAACCAUUCAAAUUUUGUUAGAGAUGAUGAAUUAGAUGUUAGUUGGAAACUAUUUACACCGCUAUUAGAAUAUUUGGAAGGUCCAAAUGGUCCAACUCCAGAAUUAUACCCGUACGGUGCUAGAGGUCCAGAUGGAUUAAUCGAUUAUUUGGGUAAACAUAAUUAUGUCUUACAUAGUAUGGGUAAUAGCUAUACUUGGCCAGUUACUAAACCAGAGGAAGAAAAAAACUAA